AUGAUUUUUAUACUUCUUGCUUUUUGGUGGCAUAUCAAUAAUUGUGCACGCUAUAUAAGAUCACUUGUUCAUGAAAAAAAUGAAAACACAAGACAAGAAAAAUAUAAAUUUCAAGGUUCAACAACCUAUCCUUGUUACUGUUUACCUGGCAAGUUCAUUCGUCGUUUGCCUACUGAAAGCAUUAUAAAAAUUUUUUUCAUAUCCAUUCAUUUUACAAUCGAAGCUCACGAUGGCUAUAGCAGUCAACCAAGACCUCAUAUUGGAACUGCGAAUGCCAAUCAUAUGGCUAUGCUUUUUGGAUUUUUUCUUGGUUCUUGCGUUGAAAUUUUAGUUCAUUAUAAAGUUCCAUUACCAAAACGUAUCAACCAAGUUAUGGGAGUUCUAGCUUUUGCUAUAGAAGGUCUUAUGUUCCUAUUUCAUUUACAUGCGCGAGGUAUCGUAGAUAUACAUAUCCAUCAAUUACUUGUUGUAACAAUAGCUUGUUCAGCAAUUAGUAGUAUUGGAGAAUGUUUUGAUCCAAAUAAUUUUUGGUUUAUUGUACUACGAAGCUUUUUUGUUCUAACACAAGGUACAUGGUUUAUUCAAGCAGCAUAUGUUCUUUUCCCUCAAACAACCAAUCCAUCUUUUGUUUGGAAUGAUUCACAUGAAUCUGUUUCACUAUUAACAAUGUGUUAUGCUUAUCAUUUAGCUGGAAAUGCAUUUUUACUUAUUGUUGUAUAUUUAUUAGUUUAUCUGUUUGUAUCAUGUACAAGUAAAUUAAAUUAUAAUCAAAUCCAAGAUGAUGAACCUUUUGAUGGAUACAAAUUAAUUGUUAAUGGAAAUGAUGAAGAAAAUGGACUUUAA